GGAGUUAGUAGAAGGCCUGUGACUAUAAAUCAGUAUUUCCUCGAACCGAUACGCCAUGGACAACCCAUGGAGGGACGACGACUUUUCCGCAUCAUCAGCCUGCGAAGUAGCGCCAUAUGAAAUCCUCGACCCAGAGCAUCUAGCAGCGGAAUCAUCUGAUCUCCAAACUUUUACCAAAAGUAUUGCGGAACAGCCGUAUGACCCAGAGUCUUGGCUGCUCCGCGCGCGCUGCCUCCGGCUUCUGGGUUUCCCAGAGCUGGCACUCGGUGAUGCGUACAAAGCGCGACUGCUAGUUGAAGCGAGCCAGGAAAGAAGCACCCCACUCGGGAAGAAAGCCUUUCUGGCUUUGUGCGAUAAAAGCAGGCUCCUACACGAGACGGACCCGAGAUUAGUGGCAUGGAAGCACCUCGUUUCAACGACAGCGCUCCUUGAGAAGCGCGUCGUUGCAGAACUGCAAGAGCUCGAGCUCCAGGUUUGGUCAGAGCUUAUGGAGGGCCUGAUGGCUUCGAAUGCGUGUAGUGACUACCUGACCCUGAGCCAAGAAGCGGUGCUUCGAUUCCCGCAAGAUGCUGUUUUCCCAUCGGAGGUGCUAAACGCGAAGUCGUGGUUCAAGCAGAGGGAUGACAUCCUGCGGGAGCAGGUAGACGCCGGCGAGAUGAGCGAAGAGAAAAUGCAGGCAACUCUUCGUAACGGCGGUGUCUACCCUGUGGCUUAUCCGUGGAUGCAAGAGGAUUUCGUGUCAAGAGAGGAUUCCUUCCUCGAUGGGUGUAAAAGAGAGUUCAGUGCGCGAUCUACCAAUAGCACUGUUUCUCGCAGUGCUAUUAGGGACAUUGACGCAGAGGACGACGCCCCAAGCUCAGGAGACGUUCUGGGCGCUUUUGCGACGAAGAGUAUAGCUCCAUCAGAUACCGUCCUCGUGGAUAGCACCGUCGCAGGCGUCACAAGUAGCGCUGAACGCUGCCCAACAUGCUGUGGCGGAAUCACGGAAGAUAUUCUCAACGAUUGCUGUAGCGUCCCGUACUGCAGUCCAGACUGCUCUAAGACGGCCCUGGAUACCUUCCACGCCUCCGUUUGUGGCAAAGACUUCGGCUUCUUAACAUCUGCAGCAGAGUCAGCAGAACUAACAACCGACCUCUCUCUGGACUCAGUACUCCUCCUCCGAGUCCUGGCCCUCUCUAUGCAAGAGCCGACGCUCCACCCUCUAAAGACAUCUCUGCUCAAUCGACUGACGCCCACGUAUAAAAACGACGACUUGAUAAUCUUCAACUUCUCAGACCACAUCGUAACACCUAUUCGGGUGCUAGGCGAGCUGGGAAUCGAUGUUUUCGCAAACGCCGCUUACGACACCUGGGUCUUGCAUACGAUAAGAUGCCGUCUGCAGAAUAACAAGCAUGGGCAGACUCUCGAUGGAUUCCCUGGGACGGCCGUGAACCCAUUGUACUCAAUGUUCAAUCACAGCUGUGCACCGAAUGUCGACUGGGAGCACGAAGAUAGUAAUAGCACGUUGAGGAUGUUUGCUCUACGAGACGUAAACGAAGGAGAGGAGCUAUUUAUCUCGUAUAUAAGGCCGUUGACGAUGGACUAUGCGGAGAGGCAGGAGAGCCUAUUGCCUUGGUUGGGAAUGGAGUGCGAAUGUGAGCGGUGCAAAGCCGAAAGGCCGCCAACUGAGGCCUGACAUGUCUAAUGGCAUUUGGAUGACAUGAUUGAGGAUAGAAGCAUAUUUAAGUCGAUUAAGCCAUUGAAGGGAUUGAAAACGAUCGUUCCCCAUAGUUACCGAAGUGCCAAGUAACAAGCCGAGACUUGAUAGCCAUAAAUUUAUAUUAAUAGCGUCUCGGUCUGUCUUGGUAUGAAACUGAUCACAUCUUGCCGCGAUUCGGGCAUCCCAAUGCCUCUCCCCUAAAGCCAGAUGACAGUAAAUAUGUACAUGAAAUUCUAAAUUAGGCUGUUUGUUAAUGAUAAAUGAGGUAUCUACAUGGGUAACGUACUGUGCAAUAAACCGCUCCAAACGCCAUGGGAUAAUUGAUAAUUACGACUUAUCAACACAUUUCUCCUCCAGCCACCUGGCCAGAUUCGUGGAGGGCAUAUCCACAGCCCUCAUGAACAUGUCGGCGAGCCAUAAACUCAGCGACACGUAGAACACCAGUCCACAUACAUAUCCAAAAUGGUACAUCACUCCAGUUUUUCCAAGAAGCGCCCACCCAGCGUUUCUAAUUCCCUCCCCAAUAAGCAUAUUAACAAGCUCGUGAACGAGAUAUAGAGCAUAGCUCACGCGGCCUAGAUAGCGCGCCGCCGGGGCGACUAACGGGCGUUGUAGAAUAGGCAGGUACAAGAUCGCGAAAAUGAUAAGGAAACUACCAGGCAAUGCGAUGUAGCGCCACUUCUCCCCAUGCCAAGUGAGCUUGCAGAGCGUGGCAUACCCAGGUGUUUCGCAGGUGUGCUCUGUGGGCACGGAGCCCAGGUACAUGCCUGCAAUGAAGCAAGCCCAUAGGCCCAACUUCUUGAGGAUGUGGCGGCGGCGUUGGUUGGUGGCGUCUCGAUCUCCACCGUCGUAGUAUUGAAAAGAGGAGUCGGUUGCGUCCUCAUUAUGCAGGAGGCCCUCCUCUUUGCUGCGUUGCGAUGCGGCUUCUUGCGUGCCGACGUGGAUCUCAGCGGCGAGGAGGCCGAGAACGAAACAGCCCAGGUCCCAGCGGUCAUGUAGCAUCGUGUCAACGAAGACAAGCGCCUCGAUGAGCAGCCGUGGGCCUGUCCGGCAACGCGCAAUUCCCAAGAGAAGGAGGAAAAGAAUCAUCGAGCAGCGGAAUUCGACGGCGAUUGUCCACAGCGGCGGCAGGUAGUAGAUAUGGAACUGGUUCCAGUUGUAGAACGUGAAGAGGUCGUGGAGAUUCUCGAAAUAGAACCUGAUGUCACCCCACAGUCCCGGGACAUAGUGUGGCCACGGUUUGUCUAGUAACUGAGCGCGCUGGCACAGAAAGCUAAUGAAGGACAUGACGAGACUCGGUAGGCCGAGGCGCACAACUCGGCGAAAGGUCAUGCUGGAUAGGACUGGUAGGAUCCGAUCGCGGUCUCGUCGAAGCAUGAGCCGAACGGCUCGGGCUGAGAGCACAUAUCCGGAGAUGACGAAGAAGAGGAAGACCAUGAAGCCACCGCUGUACCAUAUCUUCACAAACGGCAGCUUCAACAGGUUCGUGUUGCCGUUGUAGCCAUACGCUAUUCGGAUAGUGGGAUAGGCGAAUGAACUAUAGUGAAAGAUCAUGACAGCAAACGCUGCCACCCCCCGAAGACCGUCGAGGCAGUCGGUGCUCGCGCGUUGGGCGGCUAUUUGUGGGUCUAUAGGGCGCAACGAGACGGGUUUGGCGGGACUGGGAGAGAGGACGCUAGGGACGGCGAAGGAGAGGAGGCCACGGGCGGCCGAGGGGAAGGAGAACUUGGAGACGGCAUGGACGAGGACCAGAGGUAAAGUCCAAAAUAGAGCUGUUGGCGUGGCGGCGGGCGACAUGUCGUCCCUCGUUCGUGGCUUGACUGUUCGCUCCAAAACAGGUGCGAUCAGUAGGACAAGGGAAGAAGGAAGAGAGAGAAAGAAGAGGAAUUCCCACACCUACCAAGAGCCGCCGGAGGAGCGCACCCAAGGCUGUUCC